AUGCAGUUUGCUUUGCUACUGUCGGUGAUAUGUCUGAUUGGUGAAAAAAGCUAUGCUCAAGUGGCAGAAAAAAAAAGUGUGGCUCUCAACAGCAGAGCGUUUGUUAGGCAAAACUGUGAUGGAAUUAAAAACUUUAUAUGUGAUUCAUGUACAUCUCGGAAACCAUGUUUUGGUGUACAAGAAAUCGACGUUUCCAUACCAUGUGGAAGCGAUGCAUACUGCACCGCAUUAACUGCAGGGGAUCGAUGUGGACCAAUACCUUCCGAUGAGUGUCGCGCAUCAACAGCAAGCCAACCAUUCACAUGCUCAUCGUCAGGAGUUUUCCCAGAUCCCAACAAUUGCAAUGUUUAUCAUGUGUGUCUUGCCGUCAACAGUAUUUCUAACGUGUACAGAUGCGCUCCUGGAUACGUGUUCGAUAUAACGACUUUUGCAUGCUUGCGCCAACUCUCAUCGACAGCUUGUGUCACAGUUCGGUGUGUUGUUGGAAGUCCUGCUUAUGUAUUGUAUGGCACCAGUCGUCGAUAUUAUGCCAUAUGCGACGGACAAAAUUUACCAGCUCAAGUAUACCGAUGUCCGAACGGAGCUCUUUUUACGUUCUUUUCAGCUUCCUUACCUUAUGGUGAAUGUGUUUACUCUUGUACGGGCCAAGGAAACUACCCGAAUAGUAACAAUCCAAACUCCUACUUUCAGUGUUACAUUUCGAACGGACGUCUUGUUUACACAGAAGUAGAUUGUCCUACAAACACCGUUUUCAAUUCAACGUUAAGGUAUUGUAUUUUAUCGACACAAUGACGGUGUUGUGUUUUCUCAACGCAAUCAAUAAAAACCAUAUUUUCGUACAUUAUAUAAAGUGUACAAUAGCAUGGAAAAUUUUUGUUUUAAAACACAUUUAACAUAAUUGUAGUCGGUUGAACAUAGGCUAAAACUUGUGUACUAUGUACUAUCAUAUCGCAUCACUAAGUGAAAGAGGUAAGAUUGAGAUAAAGUCA